AUGUCUUCAAGCCCAUCUCCGUCCGCCAGUGGCGAUAACAAGCAAACUGAUCAGAUUCAUUUCCGUUUCUGUCGCGAAUGCUCCAACCUUCUCUAUCCCAAAGAAGACCGCGUUAACAACCGUCUCAUGUUCACGUGUCGAACGUGCCACGUCGGCGAGCCCGCGACCUCAUACUGCGUUUACCAGAACAAGCUGAACAGCCAAGUUGGAGACACUGCUGGUGUGACCCAGGAUGUGGGAUCUGAUCCAACGCUUCCCCGAUCGAACAAACCCUGUGCGAGCUGCGGUGAAGCGGAAGCAGUCUUCUUCCAAUCUCAACAGCGAUCAGCAGAAACUGGAAUGAAACUCUACUAUGUCUGCUGCGCUUGUGGUAAUGUGUUUGUCUGA